AUGAAGCCAAUUACAACACUCGCAACAUUUCUCUCAAUUAUCUCCGCCCCAUCUUUGCUACAUGCAAAACCUCUUCUCCCUAGAGCGGAUUCUAUCGAGUGCACCGUCGCAACACCUCAAUACCCAAGCCCUAUCAUUGUCCAAGGUGGAUCAACCUUAAAGACUGCUAUUACCGCCUGCUGUCAGACCAUAGUUGGCGGUGCGGGCCUCUUUCUCUCCACAGGAGAUCCAUAUUUCUGCGACAUUACUUUCAAUGGGCGCACUGUGACUAUGUCCCUUCAUAUUCUCAUUGGAGGAUUCAAAGUAACGCCGCCCGUUUGCACUCAACAACUUAAUCUUAUCGCGACACAAUGCACACAAGCUAGCGACGGAAAGACGAAGGGUGGAUGUUCGACCACAAGCGAUGGUAAUUUGGUUGCAUGUGUUUUUGGAUAG